AUGGCCAUGUCCAAGUACGAGACCAUCAUGUGGGAAGGAAAGAUGAAAGAGCAGAUUCUAGACCACGCCCACGCACUCUACGUCGAAAAAUACCCUGCGGGUUCAGUCUUCAACGUCAUCCAUGCCACUACCACUGACGACAAGGGCUACAUUAAAAAGGGCGCGACUCUCAUCGAGACUCAUCUUGUUGUCUACAAAGACCCCUCCACAGCACAAAAGUGGGAGUUGAUUUUCUCAAUCGCUAAGUUGACUGUCGAGGAAGGCUUGGAGGCUGUCUUGGGACAUCUUAGAGGCCGCUUGAGCGAGAAGACUAACCGCGAUAUGGAGUCGUCGUUGAAAGCUUUCGCGAAGAGCCUCGUAGAGUCCGCACGACUCCAUGCAUGGACUUCGAACCAGACAUUUGGGGAUCGGAAGGGUAUGACAAAGAGGAUGGAUGUGGAGCUUUUGUCACUACAUACACAACAGCCGUAG